AGGCGCACGCCGCGGGGAAGAUCUUCAGCCCGGCCGAGCGCGCCGCCAGGGGGGACAAGCAGUCGGCGGCGCUGAUCGACGCCGCCGUCGCCGCCGCAGCGCUGGACGUGGCCACGCUCAGCUGGCGGACGAGGUUCGAGUUCCACGUCAACGGCGAGCAGGUCGUCGCCGACGACGUCCAGCCCCACCAGACGUUGCUGACGUUCCUGCGAGACCGGCUGGGCCUCACCGGCACCAAGCUCGGCUGCGGCGAGGGCGGCUGCGGGGCCUGCACGGUGACGGUGUCGCACUUCGACCACGCCAGAAAGGAGGUGGUGCACCGCGCCGUCAACGCUUGCCUCGCGCCCAUCUGCAGCGUCGACGGCUGCUCGGUCACCACCGUCGAGGGCAUCGGCACGGCGCGCAAGCCGCACGAGGUGCAGAAGCGCAUCGCGGAUCUGCACGGGUCGCAGUGCGGGUUCUGCACCCCGGGCAUCGUGAUGUCCCUGUACAGCAUGCUCGCCAACAAGCCGGAGCCCACCGUGGCAGACAUCGAGUCGGCCUUCGACGGCAACCUCUGCCGCUGCACCGGCUACCGCCCCAUCCUGGACGCCGGCAAGACGUUCGCGUGCGACAAGCACGCCGUGCCGUCGCACGGCAAGUGCGGGGGCGGGGCCGCCGCGGGCCCCGAGGGCGAGGGCGGCGUCCAGGUGUGCUCCUCCUCGAGCGCGACAGUGUCGAGCCUCGCGUCCUGCAAGGAGUCCUUGGCGGUACCCUUCCCAGACGCCUUGCGUGCCAGCCCGACAGCAGACUUGAAAGUCAUUGGCAAGCAGGUGACGUGGUACAGGCCGAGCAGCCUGCCGACUUUGUUGGCCCUGAAGAAACAAGACCCCACGGCCAAGCUGGUGUCGGGUAACACCGAAAUCGGCAUAGAGACGAAGUUCAAGAAGCUGGAGUACCCGGUGCAGAUAUCCACUGCUGCCGUCAGGGAGCUGCACGAGCUCUGCUUCGAUGCCGAAGGCGCGCUGGUGAUUGGCGGAGCCGUAACGCUGUCCUCGGUGGAACACUUCAUCGAGGAUGCCCUGAAGGAUCGGCCCCUUGCCGCAUUCUCGUGGCUCAAGGCCAUGCUGGACAUGCUCCGCUGGUUCGCGAGCGGGCAGAUACGCAACGUGGCCGCCCUCGCCGGGAACCUCGCCACCGCGAGCCCCAUCUCCGACAUGAACCCGGUGCUGAUGGCGCUGGGCGCGACGGUCACCGUGGCCGGGUGCGGCUGCCCGCCGCGCGAGGUGCUGGUCCGGGAGUUCUUCAAGCGAUACCGCACCGUGGACAUGUCGCCCUCCGAGGUGAUCUGCCGCGUGCGGGUGCCGCCCCCGACGGGCGAGUUCGAGUUCGCCCGCAGCUUCAAGCAGGCCCGGCGGCGCGACGACGACAUCUCCAUCGUGAACGCCUGCAUUCGGGUGGAGCUCUCGCCCGGGGAGGGGGGCUGGACCACCAUCCGCUCGGUGGACACUGGCUUCGGGGGCAUGGCCCCGACGACGAAGCGCGCGCGCCGGACGGAGGAGGCCCUGGUGGGGGCCGCGUGGGGCGAGGCCGCCAUCGAGCGAGCGUGCGCGGCACUGGCCGAGGACCUGCCGUUGCCGGAGGGGGUGCCCGGGGGCAUGGCGGCGUACCGCCAGACCCUCGCGGCGUCCUUCCUGAAGAAGUUCUACCUCGGGGUGUCCCAGG